CAGAACGUCAAUGGGGAGACUGUGCUCAUGAAGGUCUGCCGUCGCGCACUUUCGACGAAUCGUCACAGCCCGCUCGCUGUCGUUGGUCUCCUGCUCAAAUCAGGUGCAAACCCUAUGGUGUGUUGCGAUAGCGGGAAGAAUGUUCUCCAUGAUGUCUUUUGGUCUGCCAAGCCACCACCACCAGAUGUCUUGAAAGCGAUGGAAAAGAUGGUUGAUAUGAUUCAUGAGUGCACAGGCCGCGAGCCUCCGGCGCUACUCCACAAGGAUAAGCAUCAUACUAUAUGGUAGGUACGGGCCUUCUUGAACUCAUGCUGAGCGAAGACAAGCACGGGUAUACGCCUCUUGAUUAUGUUGUGCCAGCACAACAGCCCAAUUGGCGCACGAUUGUUGACACAGUGGUUUCUUGGGCUGCGUGUGACUCGCAGGACAGCGGGUUGUCAGGGCCAUCGGAUGCGAUCAAAGAUGUCGAGUUGGAUGCUAUUGCCUGUUGCGAUCAUGCAUCGCCACUAUCCAUGUCGACGCGUACUGAGACACGUCUCAUUCAGUCCCUAUCAGAUCGCAUUAUCUCUAACCUACGCCUUGUCACGGCAGAUGGUAUGACUAUUACUGAUUUUAUGCGAGACAUGGAUGCGACAGAUGUUCGAGUUAUUGCACAGCUCUGCGCAAGGAAUUGCAGCUUUCUUGUUAGCGACUGUGCCGAUCCUGAUGCAGCAAUCAUCGCGGUGAGUCCCGCAUUCGUUAUGGAGACUGGUUACGCACCCGGGGAUGUCCUUGGUCGAAAUUGUCGAUUUCUGCAAGGCCCAGGAACAUCCACAGGUCAGGUCGAUUUGAUCAGGCGUGCGCUUGCAACUCAAUCUACUGUCAAAGUUUCGCUGCUGAACUACAAAAAAGACGGGGGAACCUUCCUCAACUGCUUCCUCUUGACACCAUUGCACGCAAAUGGCAUAAUUAGAUACUACAUUGGAAUCCAGAAUUGCCCCGAAGCCAUUGUUGACGAUCGUAAACGUAACGUUCUCCGUCUUCAACAACUUCGACAACGGAACACGCCGCAGGAGCCCAACAGUGGUGGUUGGCUAGAAGGCACACAAACCAAUGUGCACCCAACUCGGGCGCCACAAGCACUCUCGCAAUCAAAGCGCAAGGUCGGCGAGAUAGAAAUAGUAGAGAGGCAGGACCCUAAAAGUCGUAAGCUGAAUGACAAGAGAGAGAAGGCCAAGAAUCAGUGCCAAAUCUCAUAAUGAGUGACAGAGAGGGCAGAUGUACAGCAAGAGGAUUCCAUUGGAGGUUUACUACCAACUGUCAGCAAUGAAGCAAGUCGAUAAACCCUGUAUACUUGGUCCCGGUCAACCUACUGUGGGCGUCGUAAAACGGAUCAACCAAAUUCGAGUGGAUAAAAAACGCGUGCAAAUCCGUUGGAAUCACUUCCGUGGCCGCCAUGGAAUCACUUCUGUGGAAGCACUUUUGGUCCUUCCAACGAUCCUAGAGCAAAGAAGUGGCUGAAAUGCGCCCCACCCGAUCCCAUGUUGCUGUAAUCUGUGGCCGCCAGAAGCCGCCGCAAGGCAGUGUGUGGGCCGCAGGGCUUCACGAGGAGUCAGAAGAACUCGCAAGAUAAACUCCCCGCAAGAUAAACUCCCCCCGCAAAGGGGGGCUGAGCUCAGCCGGAUUAAGGAAUGCCAGAAAUGAAGGCCUACGGACCGCGCUUGGAUGGCACAGUGCCAGCCUGGGUCUUAAUUACCAUCAUUCCCACAAUCUACGUUACCCUGCUCUACCUUUAUCGCGACGUCACCCUAUGGAGACAACUCUGCACAGCCCCCUGGUGCCACGGUGGACUUCAACGCCCGAUGUUACCCUAGUUGCGGGCAUCUCUCGCUAACUACCCCAGUGGCCUGCUCUAGCUUGCAGCUCUAGCUACCGGCCUAGGCCUAGGCCAUGUAGAGAGCGAGUGAUAUAUUUUCCAAGAAUCC